AUGUUAAUAUACAAAAUUUGGUGUCUUUUAUGCAUCGGAUAUUGUGUAGUAUAUUCUCAAGUAACUAUACCAGAUUCUCUUAAAGAAUGCUAUAUAAAUCGUACUAAAAAUGAGAUUUUAUUGCCCUUUAAUAUACGUACAUUCAUUGAUAUUUUGCAAAAAGCUGAAAUAGAAACAUUUACUACUAUGGAUAUGAGAACAUUCUCUUCGUCAUUGUUACACAGGUUUAAAUUUGAUGGAGUUGAAUACGUUGAAGGCUUGCAUGAAAGUGAAGGAAUAUUGCCUUUCAUUGGACGUGGGACACAACGAACAAAAAAUAUAAUAAUAGAAGAAUUGGUUCCAGGCAAUGCUGAUGCUUUUCCUUCUAAAGUACUUUCACAGUUAGAAAGAUGCACUCUUCAUUUUGCCAUCUCAAAUACUAUAAACAAAUAUAAAUCUGACGACAUAAACAAUCUGUGCCAAAAAAUUGGGAAUCAAGAAAAAUUAACUGGUAACAGAAGAACCAUAUCUAUUAAUGCAACAGAUUGUCCAAGAGAAUAUGGAGUUAUUCUCACUCCGUAUGGCACAAUUGCUCCUGGUGCUAUUAUAGGAGCAAUAGCUGCUAGUUUAGAGCAUCAAAGUAUUACUUUGAAUCAAUUAUUUGCAGCAUCAGCUACAACUUCUACAAGUAUACCAUUGAAAUAUUAUUUAAAUUGUUUAAAUGUCAAUGAAGAUGAGAUUGAUUUUAUUAUACCAAAAGACAAAAUGAUUAUUGAAAGAUCAAUGUGGCAGCAAUCUAUAAAUACAUCAGAAAUAACAAUUGAUAAUAUAUGGCUUACCACAAUUGCUGGGGACUUGGGUGAAAUGGUAAUUUAUCAAGGACCUUUAGCAAAAGAAAAAAUGACGUUAGGAGUAACUGGAUUUUGGAACAGUACUAUAUAUCCUAAUAUUUAUUAUCUUACAAAAAAUCCUGAUAGUUAUGACGCAACACGGGCUGAAAUAGUUGGUGACAUUGAUGGUUUAAUACUUGCACGCAAUUUAGAAACAUGGACUGCCAAUUUUCAUAGCCUUCGACUUAGUCAGAUUUUUGAUAUGUAUUAUUCUAAUCAAGGCAUUAAUUUUAACCCAAAUAUCAAAGCUUGUAAUCGAAAAACAACUUUUGCACAAGUUACAUCCAAAACUAUUUUAGCAGAACAGACACAUGCAGUAUCAUAUUUAUUAGCAUAUCGUAAUAGCAUAGCAUAUAUAUCUGAAGAAGCAUUAAAGCGACUGGUUAACUAUGCUGUUGAUACAUUUAUAAAUUAUACAGAAAAACAUUUACUUACAGAAUCGCACUGUCGUAAUAAAAAUGUUCAAUUACCAGCAGAAGUAAUAAUUGCUUUUGACGGUGCAUGGACCCCAGAUUAUACUAUGGAUUUUAUUUCAGUUCUAUUAGAAGAUUUAGAUGUAUCAAUAUAUGGUACUAAAAUAGGUAUAUUGCAUGGCUCUACAGGAAAUUGGUUACUUAACGUCACCAAUAGACCAUCAGUUGCAUAUGAAGCUAUAUACAAUUUUACAAAAGUGUCAUGGCCCAGUCAGUUUAAUUAUACUAAUACACUUCAAACAAUAUUUACUUAUUUAAAUGUUACAUUAGAAGAAAAUCAGAAAAAUCAUGUAAUUGGUAAUUUAGGACAAAUUAUAAUUUUAUUAGUUCCAUUAGCAUUUAUGACCAACGUACAACAACAAUCGGUUCUAAUGUUAUUACAACAAAUCAAAUUAUAUUAUCCAGAUGUACAUUUCUUAUAUUACACAUCGGAGUAUAAUGCAUAUUUAUUUCAACCUUUUAUAAUGUCAGAAGAAGAUCAUUUAAUUAAAACUUUGCAAAUUGAUGAUAUUAUUAAUCAUUUUAGUGCAGUACAUUGGCUAUUAAGACCUUUACCAAAUAUAAAUGUAACUACUGAAAAUCAUAAAAAUCAAAUGGAAAAUUAUAUAGCUCCAACACAAUCUAUUUUAUACAAAUUACACGGACACUGGAGAAAAAAUACGAAAAAAAUAACUGUUACGUUUCAUAGCGUUGGGUAUGGUGAAAUAACAGUAUGCUCUUGGAUUCAGUUCAAUAGCACAAAAAAGAAAUACAAUGAAUAUUGUAGAGAUGCAGACGGUCAUAAGGAUAUUAUAUUAAAUGAUUAUACUCUUUGUCCUAACAAAAAAAUGUGUCCUCACAUAUAUUAUCGUGUACAGCAUGUAACUUCUUUACGUAAAUGUGCAGAAUUAACUUGUAGAACACCAGAUCAUGUGCGAUAUAUUGUUAGAAUAGAAAGUACAUACUAUAAGAAUAAUGCAAGCAGAAAUAUAUUAUCAAUAAUACUUUCGACAUUCGUCUUUCUUUUAUUU